AUGUUUCCCUCCAAUAUUGCAGCAUGCCUCCUCCUGGCCCUAUCAAUAGGAUGGUCUUCUGCGCAAAAUCUUCCAUCAAUUGCAGAAGUUGACCUUCUUUUUCCUAGAAACGACACAUACGCGCCUACAGUCCUUAUGCCCUUGGUUUUCGGUAUCCAAAACCCUUCAGCCGCUGUACCUCUCCAUCUAAGUCUGUGGUGGAAUCUCUGGCAACUCGAGGGCGGCAAUAUGACCGGGUAUGGAGUUAUACCUAAGGCAUAUUACAUCCCAACUGGUGCCCGUCAAUAUUACGAGUACAGCAGUUUUUACGACCUUACUACCAUAGAAGGCACCUGGUUAUUCCAGUGGCACGUCGACUCUGUCAACUGCUCCCAGUUCCCAGCCAACAACUAUUCCAUGGGCUCGUACACCCAAGGCAAACGCAUUAUCUUCACAACCAAGAACGGCGCGCAAGCGCCUGAUCUCGUUACGGCUACGGCUGAUGAUGUUUGUGCUAGCGCAGAGGGCUUUACCUUUAACGUUACGGGACUUGAAAAAGUAUCUAUAAGGAGUCCGGAUAAUCCGGAUGGCAAGGAUUCUGUGACUACAUGUGCGGACGUAGUGCCGAUGUCUCCGACGUAUCGUCCGAACCCUUGUGCAGCACAGUUAAAUGCGACGGGCGCGUCAAGCAUUUCUCUAGCGCUUACGACUACAGCUUGUUGGUUGCCCUCUUCGGUGGUGAGCUGCCCAGCUAAGAGUGCAGGGAGCCUGAAAGGUCAAUUGGGAGGACCGAUAUGGGCGGUAGCGACUUUUGGCUGGCUCCUAUACUCUCUUGUCAGAUAA